AUAUGUUAGGUCAAGAACGAAGCAUGACAUUGACAUGAGAAUAGGGAUACAUUCGGGAUCAGUUCUGUGUGGAGUGCUGGGCCUGCGAAAGUGGCAGUUUGAUGUCUGGUCAUGGGACGUGGAUAUCGCAAACAAACUUGAGUCAGGUGGAAUUCCUGGGAGAAUUCACAUCUCCAAAGCUACUCUGGACUGCCUGAACGGGGAUUAUAAAGUUGAAGAAGGGCAUGGCAAGGAGCGUAAUGAAUUCUUGAGGAAACAUAACAUUGAGACUUAUUUAAUUAAACAACCUGAAGAGAGUCUGUUGACUUUGCCUGAAGAUAUUGUGAAAGAGGCUGUCAGCUCCUCCGACAGGAGAAACAGUGGAGCAACAUUUACCGAAGGAUCCUGGAGCCCUGAACUUCCAUUUGAUAACAUAGUAGGAAAACAGAAUACUCUGGCUGCCCUAACAAGAAAUUCAAUAAAUCUGCUUCCAAACCAUCUUGCACAAGCUUUGCAUGUCCAGUCUGGGCCUGAGGAAAUUAACAAGCGAAUAGAGCACACCAUCGACUUACGGAGUGGCGAUAAAUUGAGAAGAGAGCAUAUCAAGCCUUUUUCACUGAUGUUUAAAGACUCCAGCCUGGAGCAUAAGUAUUCUCAAAUGCGGGAUGAAGUGUUCAAAUCAAACUUGGUGUGUGCAUUUAUUGUUCUUGUAUUUAUCACCGCUAUCCAAAGCUUACUUCCUUCUUCCAGGGUGAUACCAAUGGUCAUUCAGUUUUCUAUUCUGAUUAUGCUGCACUCCGCUCUUGUGCUAAUUACUACAGCAGAGGAUUACAAAUGUUUACCUUUAAUGCUCCGGAAAACUUGCUGCUGGAUUAAUGAGACCUACCUGGCCAGGAAUGUCAUUAUAUUUGCAUCUAUUCUGAUUAAUUUUCUUGGAGCCAUCAUCAAUAUUCUAUGGUGUGAUUUUGACAAACCAAUAGCCCUGAAGAACCAGACAUUCAAUUCAUCUGCAUCUUUUACGGACAUCUGUUCCUAUCCUGAGUAUUUUGUCUUCACUGGUGUGCUGGCAAUGGUGACUUGUGCAGUCUUUCUUCGUCUCAACUCUGUCCUGAAGCUGGCAGUACUUCUCAUCAUGAUUGCAAUCUAUUCUCUGCUGACAGAGACCAUCUAUGCUUCCCUUUUUCUGCAAUAUGACAGCUUUAACCACAAUGGAGACACAGACUUCCUGGGUACAAAGGAGGCAUCUUUACUACUGAUGGCAAUGUUCCUUUUAGCUGUAUUUUAUCAUGGUCAACAGCUUGAAUAUACAGCAAGACUGGAUUUUCUGUGGCGUGUUCAAGCAAAAGAAGAAAUCAAUGAAAUGAAGGAGUUAAGGGAGCACAAUGAAAAUAUGCUGCGGAAUAUUUUACCCAGUCACGUUGCCCGUCACUUCCUGGAGAAGGAUCGGGAUAAUGAAGAAUUAUACUCUCAAUCCUAUGAUGCUGUUGGUGUGAUGUUUGCUUCUAUUCCUGGAUUUGCUGACUUUUAUUCCCAGACCGAGAUGAAUAACCAAGGAGUAGAAUGUCUGCGCUUGCUGAAUGAAAUCAUUGCAGACUUUGAUGAGUUACUAGGUGAAGAGAGAUUUCAAGAUAUUGAAAAAAUUAAAACGAUUGGCAGUACAUACAUGGCCGUGUCAGGAUUAUCACCUGAAAAACAGCAAUGUGAAGACAAAUGGGGGCAUUUAUGUGCCCUGGCUGACUUCUCCAUAGCUCUGAAUGAAAGCAUACAGGAGAUCAACAAGCAUUCAUUUAACAACUUUGAACUCCGUAUUGGGAUUAGCCAUGGCUCUGUUGUAGCGGGAGUUAUCGGUGCUAAGAAACCCCAGUAUGAUAUCUGGGGCAAAACGGUUAAUUUAGCAAGUCGAAUGGACAGCACAGGUGUUAGUGACAGAAUACAAGUGCCUGAAGAAACGUAUCUGAUCCUGAAGGACCGGGGAUUUGCCUUCGACUACCGAGGAGAGAUUUAUGUCAAAGGUAUCAGUGAACAGGAAGGAAAAAUCAAAACAUAUUUUCUUCUAGGAAGAGUUCAACCAAAUCCUUUAAUCUUACAACCAAGAAAACUGACUGGACAGUAUUCAUUAGCAGCUGUUGUAUUAGGACUUGUGCAGUCUCUUAACAGGCAAAAACAGAAGCAAAUCCUUAAUGAGAACAACAACUCUGGAAUCAUAAAAGGACAUUAUAACCGGAGGACAUUGCUCACUCCCGGUGGAUCUGAGGCAGCAGCCCAGGCAGAGGGGGCUGACAAAACUGAAUUGCCAUAAUCAGCAUUUUGUUUGUGUUCUUUUUUUUGUAUUUCUUUUAUAUAUAAAAAAUAAAUAUACAAAUAAAAAGGGUUUAAUUUUUUUUA